GGGGUUUACCGGCAGUAUUUAACUGAUGCAUAAAGAACACACUUGCAAGUGUCUCCUGCUGACACGAUAGAUUCCCUUGUUAGUUCACACCAUGUUCAAAAGGCACAAGUCCCUUGCUUCAGAACGCAAGAGAGAAUUCUUUUCCCAAGGAGCUACACGGCCCAUCCUGAAGAAUGACCUGAGAAGUUUUCAGUCUUUUUCACAAUUUAUACUCUCAGCAAGUCCUCUAAAGUCAAGUCCAGGAGUUAAACAUUCAAAAAAGACUCACUUUGAGAUUGAAAUACUUGAUGCUCAAACAGGAAAACAGAUAUGUAUUGUGGAUAAGGUGACACAAACAUCCACUAUCCAUGAUGUUAAAGAAAAAUUUCACAAAGCAUGUCCUAAGUGGUACCCUUCACGAGUUGGCUUGCAGCUGGAACACGGUGAGCCUUUUUUGAAGGACUAUACCACAAUUGAAAGUAUUGCGGCUUCCUCUCUUGUCUCACUCUAUUUUACAGACCUAGGUCAACAAGUUAGUUGGACCACAGUAUUUUUGGCUGAAUACACAGGACCUCUGCUAAUAUACCUCCUUUUUUAUUUGAGGAUUCCAUAUAUAUAUGAUGAAAAAGAAAGCUCUAGAAGAUUACGCCACCCUGUGGUACACUUAGCUUGCUUCUGCCAUUGUAUACAUUACAUCCGACAUAUUUUGGAAACCUUAUUUGUUCACAAAGUUUCUGCAGGACAUACACCUCUGAACAAUUUGGUAAAGAGUUGUGCCUUUUAUUGGGGAUUCACUUCUUGGAUUGCCUACUACAUUAAUCACCCACGGUAUACCCCCCCAUCAUUUGGAAAUAGUCAAGUCACAGUUUCUGCUACCAAUUUUUUGAUCUGUGAAGCUGGGAAUCACUUCAUCAAUGUAAUGUUGGCUCAUCCCAAUCAUAUAGGAGCUAAUGCCUGUUUCCCAAGUCCAAAUUAUAACCCUUUCACAUGGAUGUUCUUCCUGGUUUCAUGCCCUAACUACACCUAUGAGAUUGGAUCGUGGAUUAGUUUUACAAUCAUGACACAAACACUGCCAGUUGGGAUUUUUACACUACUGAUGAGUAUCCAGAUGUCUUUGUGGGCACAAAAGAAACAUAAGAUUUAUCUGAAGAGAUUCAGUUCUUUCAUGCAUAGGAAGUCAGCAAUGAUUCCAUUCAUAUUGUAAGAAAAAUAAGUAAUCAUUUCUCAUAAACAGAAAGGUAAUACAUAAAUCCACUAAAUCAGAAUUUGUCAAGCAUGGUUAAUUACUAAGUACCAGCAAUUCAUGAUCAAUAGUAUUUGUACUAAGUAAAACAUAAGCAAGUUGCAUUUAGCUAAAUUCAGAAAAAUAGACUUGGACUAAACAUAGAGAUUAUUAAUACACUUAAUGAAUAACAGUAUUGAGUAUACUGG